AUGGAGCCCUUCCUCAGGAAGCAGCGGACCUUCCUGUCCUUCUUCUGGGACAAGAUCUGGCCGGCGGGCGCGCCGCGGUUGCCGGACCCGGACUCCGACGCCGACGUGGAGCCGGAACCCGCGGCAGCGGAGCCCCCCACCGCGGAGCCCUGCAACCCCCCGGCCCCCGCGCAGCUCUUCAGGGCUGACUUCACGGCGCGGAGCGCGGAGGAGCUGAGUGUCAGCCGCGGGGAGAGGCUGCACGCCCUCAGGGAGGAGGGCGGCUACAUCCUCGCCCGCAGGCUCGCGGGCUGGCCCAGCACGGGGCUGGUGCCCAUCACCUACGUGGCCAAGGCCGCCCCUGAGACGCUCUGGAACCAACCCUGGUACUUCAGUGGCAUCAGCCGAACCCAGGCCCAGCAGCUGCUCCUGUCCCCACCCAACGUGCUGGGGGCCUUCCCCGUCCGGCCCAGCGAGAGCAGCCACGGGGACUACUCACUGUCAGUCUGGGCCCGGACCAAAGUCCACCACUACCGCAUCUCCAAAGCAGCCAAUGGCAGCCUCUACCUGCAGAAGGACCAGCUCGUCCCCAGCCUGGAGGAGCUGCUGGCCUAUUACAAGGCCCACUGGAAGCUGAUCCAGAACCCAUGGCUACAGCCCUGUGUGCCCCAGAAGCCCCCUGAGCAGGACGAGUGGGAGCGACCCCGCUCUGAGUUCACCCUGCGGAGGAAGCUGGGUGAAGGCUACUUCGGGGAGGUGUGGGAAGGCCUGUGGCUGGACUCCAUGCUCGUGGCGGUCAAGGUCAUCAGACCAGCUGACGUGAAGGUUGCCGACCUGGCCCAGGAGAUCCAGAUGCUCAUGAGCCUGGGGCGCGAGCGCCUCAUCCGGCUGCACGCGGUGUGCUCCGCGGGCGAGCCGGUGUACAUCAUCACCGAGCUCAUGCGCAAGGGCAGCCUGCAGGCCUUCCUGGGCAGCCCCGAAGGCCAGGCCCUGAGCCCGCCCCUCCUGCUGACCUUUGCCUGCCAGGUGGCCGAGGGCCUGAGCUACCUGGAGGAGCAGCGCAUCGUGUACCGGGGCCUGGCCGCCAAGCACCUGCUCGUGGGUGACAACCUGGCCUGCAAGGUGGCUGACUUUGGCCUGGCCCGGCUGCUCAAGGACGACGUCUACUCCCCACGCAGCAGCUCGAAGAGCCCCGUCAAGUGGACGGCGCCCGAGGCGGCCAACUACCGCGUGUACUCACACGUCUGGUCCUUUGGGGUCCUGCUCUACGAGGGCUUCACCUACGGCCGGCGUCCCUACCGAGGAACGAGCAACCACGAGACCCUGCAGCAGAUCUCGAGAGGGUACUGGCUGCCGCGCCCGGCCGCCUGCCCCGCCAAGGUCUACGCGCUCAUGGUGGGGUGCUGGAGGGGCCGCCCCGACGAGCGGCCGGACUUCGCCACGCUGUGGGGUGGUUCUUUGGCCGGAUCUCUCACUCGGAAGCCCUGCACCGACUGCAGGCCGCGGCCCCACCUGGGCCUGACUUUGGGGCUCCUGGUCCCUAAACCCUUCGUGCGUGCAGAGCCCGGCCCCUCCGGCCUGUCCCCUCCGCUGCGCUUGCGGGACCAGCAGACCGUUCGCCACUACAAGAUCUGGUGGCAGGACGGCCAGUUGCACCUCAACGAGACUGUGUCCUUCCCCAGCCUGCCCGAGCUCGUGGACCACCACGAGGCCCAGAGCCUGUCCCACGGCCUGUGGCAGACCUCGCCCCGCCGAAAGCAUGAGCCGGAGCCCCUGCCCCACCGUGACGACUGGGAGAGGCCGCGGGAAGAGUUCAUGCUCUGCGGGAAGCUGGGCUUCUGGCUACUUUGGGGAGGUCUUCGAAGGGCUCUGGAAGGACAAGGUCCGAGUGGCCAUCAAGCUGACCUUCUGCGUCAGCGCACGUUCCAGUUGGAGCUCCAGGCCAUGAAGAACCUGCGGCACAAGCACAUCCUGGCACCGUACGCUGUGGCGUCCGUGGGGGACCCCGUGUACAUCAUCACAGAGCUCCUGCCCAAGGGGAGCCUGCUGGAGCUGCUGCGGGACUCUGAUGAGAAAACCCUGCCCAUCUCGGAGCUGCAGAAUUACAUCCACGGGAACCUGGCCGCCAGGAACAUCCUCGUGGGGGAAAACAACAUCUGCAAAAUUGGGGACUUCGGGCUGGCCAGGCUCAUCAAGAAGAGCGUCUACCUCUCCCACGACCACAGCAUCCCUUACAAGUGGACUGCCCCUGAGGCACCCUCCCGAGGGCAUUACUCCAUCAAAUCUGACAUCUGGUCCUUCGGGGUUCUCCUCCAUGAGAUUUUCAGCAGGGGUCACACGCCCUAUCCAGGCCCCGUUUUGGCUGCCGGGGGCCACGGACCCCCGGGGUUGGGGGGCCCUGCCCAGAGUGUGCCUUACAAGAGGCUACAGGAGACGCCGCCCUUACUGGAAGGCACGUGGGACACAGCAGGGCGUGUGAGCUGCUCCACACCAGUCUGA